CAAUCUCUCUCGCUCAAUUGCAAUAAUUCUGGAGAAAUCACAGAAACCCAGAAGGAGAUUUCAGCGGAGAUGACCGUCGAUGGGACCCACCAUGCUGCUUUGGCUUCGGGCUUGGUGGACGAGCUGGUUGGUGAGGCUCUGGUGUGGAGCUCUCUCCAUGGGCUUGUGGUUGGGGAUAGGAUUAUUCAGAGAUCUGGAACAGUCCCUGGGGUCGGAAUGGUCCAUGCUCCAAUUGCGCUCUUGCCCAUGCCUUUUCCUGAAGACUAUUGGAGGCAGGCGUGUGAGCUAGCUCCCAUUUUCAAUGAGCUUGUGGAUCGUGUUAGCUUGGAUGGAAAAUUUUUGCAAGACUCGUUAUCCAGAACAAAGAAGGUUGAUGCUUUUACUGGAAGACUCUUAGAUAUUCAUUCAGAGAUGCUGCAAAUCAAUAAAAAGGAGGAUAUCCGUUUAGGUUUGCACCGGUCAGAUUAUAUGCUGGAUGCAGAAACAAACCUACUUUUGCAAAUAGAGCUCAACACCAUCUCAUCUUCAUUCUCUGGCCUUAGUUGUCUCGUGAGCGAGCUUCACAGGAACUUACUCGAUCGCUACGGGAAUCAUUUGGGUCUAGAUUCAAGAAAAGUUCCUGGAAAUAAAGCUCUCAGUCAAUCUGCUGAAGCAUUAGCUAAAGCAUGGAAAGAGUAUUGUAACAGCAGUGCUGUAGUUUUGUUUGUUGUUCAACCUGAAGAGCGCAAUAUGUAUGACCAGCAUUGGCUUUCUUCUAAAUUGAAGGAAAUAUACGCCAUAACAAGCAUUCGCAGAACUUUGGCUGAGAUAGACGCAGAAGGGGAGGCCCUACCCGACGGUUCAUUGAUCAUAGGUGGCCAAGCAGUUGCAGUAGUCUAUUUCAGAGCUGGCUAUUCACCUAGAGAUUAUCCUUCAGAAUCAGAGUGGAGUGCCAGAUUUUUGAUAGAAAAAUCCAAUGCAGUCAAGUGCCCAUCUAUAUCCUAUCAUUUGGUAGGCACCAAGAAGAUUCAACAAGAAUUAGCAAAGCCCAAUGUACUGGAAAGGUUUCUUGAGAAUGAGGAUGACAUUGCAAAGCUGAGGAAGUGCUUUGCUGGUUUGUGGAGUUUAGACAACGCAGAAGGUGUGAAUAGAGCUAUCGAAAGACCUGAACUUUUUGUUCUCAAACCUCAACGAGAAGGAGGAGGGAAUAAUAUUUAUGGUGAAGAUGUAAGGAAAACAUUAGUUAAGCUGCAACAAGAAGGAAGUGAGGAAUUGGCAGCAUACAUUUUGAUGCAGAGAAUAUUUCCUGCAAGCUCACUUGCUUAUCUAGUACGAGAUGGUAUAUAUCACCAUGAUCAAGUCAUCUCUGAGCUUGGAAUAUACGGAACCUAUUUAAGGAACAAAGAUGAGGUAGUAAUGAAUGAGCAAUCUGGUUAUCUGAUGAGGACUAAGGUUUCUUCAUCAAAUGAAGGUGGAGUCGCAGCUGGAUUCGCGGUUUUGGACAGUGUUUAUUUGACAUGAAGAAAAUUAUCUAUUCUAGAUUAUUGUGAAAUGAUUUAUGCUCCAUGUUUCGCUGAAGAAGAAAUAAUGGCGGCAGAGAUUUUGUUACACCCAACUACCAAGGCAUGGAACAUGGCCAAAAAAUGGUUCUCUGUUGAUAUUCUGAAUCAUUGACAAAUUUCAAAAACUACUGCUUGUAUGAUUACAUUUCAAAUAAAUUUUGUUUCAGUAAUUGACCUACUGGCUUGUGUUCUACUAUUAAAACCAUUUAAAUGUUAAUCAUAGUGGAAAAUGAUUUUAUUGGUUUC